CCACCUUCCCUUUGACCCCAUGAGAGCACAGCAUCUCUCUCUUUAACUCUCCCCCACUCUGCCUGCUUUGAUUCAUCAGACACGCAAGAAAAAUGGUGAGGUGAAAGGCUAAAGGAAGAAGAGAAGAAAAGCUCUGCUUCGACAUCUCCAUUUGGUGCGAUGGAGGAGUUCAGGUCAGGGUCGUACGGGGAUGGGAGGAUGGAGAUGGAGGUUUAUGGGAGCAGGCCUCAGCCUUCGAUCUCAGGCCCUCAUGACUUCAGGUGCUACAGUGCAUCCUAUGCUUCCUCCCAAGGCGGCAACCAGGCUUCUAAAGAGAUCAAGCUCAAGAAGGGCAAGAGCACCUCCGGCUCCUCCUCCUCCAAGUCUGGGUGGAGCCUCAGUGACCCUGAGCUGCAGAGGAAGAAGAGGGUGGCGGGAUACAAGGCUUACGCUGUGGAGGGGAAGAUGAAGGGCGGCUUGAGGAAAAGCUUCAGGUGGCUCAAGGACAGAUGCACCAAGGUCGUGCAUGGAUGGUGGUGAUUCGUUUAGGAAGGAAGAACCGCAAGAAAGAAGAAGAAAGAGGAGGCACAACAAAGAUUCCUGAUCCAUGGCCGUCGUGGAGCUUGUUUGGUCAACACAAUUGUGAUGCCUAACGCACGAAGGAGAAUGAAUAAAAUCGAGAAAAGAGGGAGAAGGGGAAUUGGAUGCCGGUUGGGAUCUAAUGCCUUGUGGUGUAUCUAAUUAGAUCCAGAAAAGAAGAGAAAGAAACCGCUGCUUGAGUUGAGCAGCACUGAUGGCAUUGGCCUUCAAUGCAGUCUUUCAUGGUUUCCUCGUCACACCUACAACUGGGACUACUCAUUCACAGAAGCGGUUUCUUCCCGAGCCACCGGAGUAGAAGAGAGGUUCCUCGCCGGAAACCACGGCAUAGUUCUCGCCGUUGUAGCAGUCUCUUUGAGAGCUGAAGACUGCGUUGGGAGUGGGAUAGGCGUACUCAUUGCUGUUGUAGGAGUCCUUGAGCCUGGGGCUGCUGAUCCAGCUCGCCCACGUCCGGUGGUACGAAGGGAACUCACCGGAACCCAAUGUCAGUCCCGGUGUGUGGCUUCGUCUUCAACCUCGGGCUGUGCACGUAGCUGCAAAUCCACAAGUUGCAGCGAUGAAUACUACUAUCAUUUAUUUCCAUGCGAACGUUGUAUAUGAACUAUAUUGGUGUGUAUCAUAUUGUCACGAACUGUUUCACCACAAUCCCGCUAUAUCA